CCUUGACGAAAAUCAAUACUCACUGCUCUUGCUCACUGACCUGGUGAAAAUAAAAAAGGGUUUGGCUCUCAAAAAUUUCAGUAAAACAGAAGAAGCUACGCUACUUUGCGCUUCAUUCAUAUGACGACUUCUGAUAUCAUGGAUGAAGUGGGAUGUAGUAGUGGUAAAGGGAAGAUAUCAAAUGGAUCAGCGAUGAUGGAUUUUGAUAUUGAUGAUCUCUUUGAAGUGGAUGAUGAUGAUUGGGAUGAGGACGAGGACGAUGAUGAUAAUCUUGAUGUGGCUCCAAUCAAAGAGUUGGGUGAAGGUUUCUUGAAGAACUUUUGUAAAAAGGCAUCAACUGGUUUUUUUGAGAAGUAUGGCUUGAUUAGUCAUCAGAUUAAUUCCUAUAAUGACUUCAUCAACUUUGGAAUCCAAAGAGUGUUUGACUUGGUUGGAGAGAUCCAUGUUGAGCCAGGGUAUGAUCCAUCAAAGAGAGGUGAUGGUGAUUGGAAGCAUGCUUCUGUUAAGUUUGGGAAAGUAUCCCUUGAGCGGCCAAGGUUUUGGGCAGGGGAAAAGUUUUCUGUGGACGGUGGGAAAGAGUACCUGGACUUGUGGCCACGGCAUGCUCGCCUUCAGAACAUGACCUACUCUGCCAGGAUUAUGGUUGAGACUCAUGUUCAGGUGUAUACUAAAAAGCUAGUUAGAAGCGACAAGUUCAAAACUGGGGUAGACCAGUUUGUUGACAAGGAGUGUGAGAUGGAAGACAAAAGGGAUGUCUUGAUUGGGAGAAUCCCUGUGAUGGUGAACUCAGAGUUGUGCUGGAUGAAUGGUGUUGACAAGCCUGAUUGUGAAUUUGAUCAUGGGGGGUAUUUCAUAGUCAAAGGGGCUGAAAAGACCUUCAUCGCACAGGAGCAGAUCUGUUUAAAAAGACUCUGGGUGUCAAACAGUCCCACUUGGACGGUUGCAUAUCGCCCAGUUGCAAAAAGGAAUAGAGUCUAUAUUAAACUGGCUGAGACCUUGAAGCUUGAGCACAUAAAGGGAGCAGAAAAGGCCCUUACUGUGUACUUCUCAGUGGCGGAAAUGCCAAUUUGGAUUUUGUUUUUUGCUCUAGGUGUAUCCUCUGACAGGGAGGUAGUAAAUUUAAUUGAUGUGGAUAUUGAAGAUACUAAUAUUGUCAAUAUACUAGUAGCUUCAAUCCACGAUGCUGAUAAGAAGUGUGAGGAUUUCAGGAAGGGGAAAAAGGCUCUCGCUUAUGUUGAUAGACUUAUAAAGGGUUGUAGAUUUCCACCUCAAGAGUCUGUUGAGGAGUGCAUACAACAAUACCUGUUCCCUAAUCUUAGUGGUCUCAAGCAGAAGGCUCGCUUCCUUGGCUAUAUGGUAAAGUCCCUCUUGCACGCUUUUAUUGGUCGCAGAAAAGUUGACAACAGAGAUGAUUUUCGGAACAAGAGAUUGGAGCUGGCUGGUGAGCUCCUUGAACGAGAGCUCAGGGCGCACAUUAAACAUGCUGAGAGGCGUAUGCUGAAGGCAAUGCAAAGAGAUCUUUACGGAGAUCGACAAGUUCAACCAAUUGAGCACUAUCUUGAUGCAUCUAUUAUUACAAAUGGUCUCUCCAGGGCCUUUUCCACUGGACACUGGUGUCACCCUUACAAGAGAAUGGAGAGGGUCUCUGGUGUAGUAGCAACUAUCAGACGAACCAAUCCUUUGCAAAUGACUGCUGAUAUGAGGAAAACACGUCAGCAGGUUACAUACACUGGGAAGGUUGGCGAUGCUAGAUACCCACAUCCUUCACACUGGGGAAAGGUAUGUUUUCUCUCCACCCCAGAUGGAGAAAAUUGUGGCCUGGUGAAAAACUUGGCGAGUAUGGGUCUUGUCAGCACAACUAUUUUGAAGCCACUUCUUGAGACGUUGUACCGGUGUGGGAUGCAAAAGUUAGUAGAUGAUAGUGCCACCUCACUCCAUGGAAAGCAAAAGGUACUUUUAAAUGGGGAUUGGGUUGGAAUAUGUGAAGAUUCUGCAUUCUUUGUUUCAAAGCUAAGACGUAAGCGCCGCAGGAAUGAAGUGCCACACCAGGUUGAAGUUAAGAGAGAUGAGCAGCAGGGUGAAGUUCGCAUGUUUUCUGAUGCGGGAAGGAUUCUGCGCCCUCUUCUUGUUGUUUCAAAUCUAAAGAAAAUCAAAGCUUUGAAAGGGGGAGACUGUGGCUUUCAAUCUCUUCUGGACAAUGGGAUUAUUGAGCUUAUAGGACCUGAAGAAGAAGAAGACUGUCGAACUGCAUGGGGAGUUGAAUACCUCUUAACAGCAGAUAAGGAGAACCCACCUGCCAAGUAUACCCAUUGUGAGUUAGACAUGUCAUUCCUGUUGGGCUUGAGCUGUGGUAUUAUCCCUUUUGCAAAUCAUGAUCAUGCUAGGAGAGUCCUCUAUCAGUCUGAAAAGCACUCUCAGCAGGCAAUUGGGUUUUCAACAGUGAAUCCAAACAUUAGAGUUGAUACAAAUACCCAUCAAUUGUAUUAUCCUCAGAGGCCACUUUUCCGGACAAUGUUGUCAGAUUCCCUUGGGAAGCCCAAAUAUACUCAUAGCCAGAAAGGAAUGCUUCCACGGCCUGAAUACUACAAUGGUCAAUGUGCUAUUGUUGCAGUGAAUGUUCACCUUGGCUAUAACCAAGAAGAUUCAUUGGUUAUGAAUUGUGCAUCACUGGAGCGUGGAAUGUUUCGGUCGGAGCAUGUUAGGAGCUACAAGGCUGAGGUUGACAAUAAGGAAGCUAUCGGAAAGAAGCUAAAGAUUGAGGAUUCUGUUAACUUUGGGAAAACCCAGAGUAAAAUUGGACGAGNCUUCUACUUAUCAUUACUAAACUAUGCUAAAGCUUCAAAACUGGAAGCCAUUGUAGAAAAUCUUCAGCCUGAUGUUUCAAGGACUGAUUCAUUGCGGCCUCUACCCCCAACAAGGGGUUUGUGGCUGCCAACUGCAAGGGGUCUGCCCUUUAGUGCUGGAUCCUUCAACAAAUCCUCGUGGGGUAUUACUCUGCUACCAACAUGGUGUGGGAUUUUUUGUCCUGAAAAGAUGCCUCAGGAGUUCAUUGAUUGCACUAUUCUUGUAUAUUCUGUGCAGGUUCGUUCUCCAUGUCUUGGAGACAAGUUCUCCAGCAUGCAUGGACAAAAGGGUGUCCUUGGAUUUCUGGAAUCUCAGGAGAAUUUCCCUUUUACAGCUCAAGGGAUUGUUCCAGACAUUGUAAUCAAUCCUCAUGCAUUUCCUUCAAGGCAAACCCCUGGUCAGCUGCUGGAAGCCGCUUUAGGGAAGGGCAUUGCCCUAGGUGGCGGUCAAAAAUAUGCCACUCCCUUUUCCACUUUAUCAGUUGAUGCCAUAAUAGAGCAGCUUCAUGGGCGAGGUUUCUCAAAAUGGGGAAAUGAGAGAGUUUACAAUGGCCGUACGGGUGAAAUGGGUCAAAACCUGAUCUUCAUGGGCCCAACAUUCUACCAACGCCUCAUUCAUAUGGCUGAAGACAAAGUGAAGUUCCGUAAUACCGGACCAGUCCAUCCCCUUACUCGCCAACCUGUGGCAGACAGAAAACGCUUUGGUGGAAUUAAAUUUGGUGAAAUGGAGCGUGACUGUCUUAUAGCUCAUGGUGCUGCAGCGAACUUGCAUGAACGCCUUUUCACACUCAGUGACUCCUCCCAAAUGCACGUCUGUGGGAAGUGCAAGAACAUGGCAAAUGUAAUCCAGAGGUCUGUUCAAGGUGGUAAGGUAAGAGGUCCUUAUUGCCGCUUCUGUGAAUCAGUUGAAGAUAUAGUGAAGGUUAAUGUGCCAUAUGGUGCGAAGUUAUUGUGCCAGGAGCUCUUCAGCAUGGGCAUAUCUCUCAAGUUUGAUACUGAGAUUUGCUAGUGUUUAAGUUUCAUCUCCAGACUAUACUUAUCAUGCUGACAUGUUGGUACAGUUGUUGAUGGCAAACACUGUUAUCUGUAAAUAUUUCUAGUGUUGAUGGAAAAACAAGAUGGUCUCCUUGUAUCUAACCUUGUUGAUUAUCAGGUCGACGAAGUUGUUUUAUCGUUUA